GCCCCGCUCCUCCAGCGGUACUGCACCGUGCAUGGCCUACUGCAGCUCCAGCUACAACUGGUGGAGGCAAGAAUGACACCGGCGCUCCCCUGCAUCAAGACAACCUGAUCGUAAGGACGGAUCUGUUUUAAUUUCUAUUAUUAAAUACCACAAUGAUGAUGCUUGUGAUUGCACCCUUACGGACACGUUUUAUCGCGGCUGUUUUCACAUUCAUUGCACUAUGGGGAUGUGCGCUCUCCAUCACUCGGUACUCUAUUCCGGAGGAGAUGGAAGAGGGCUCCUUUGUUGCCAAUCUGGCCACAGAUUUGGGUCUGGAUGUUCGCAGUUUGGUGGAGCGCAGAGCCAAGCUCGAUGUCAUUCACAGUAAAAAUUACCUUGACAUUAACAAAGAAACGGGGGAGCUGGUAAUCCGCGAGAAGAUAGACCGGGAGAGCAUAUGCAUGACUAAAACAACCUCGUGCUUUCUGAAAAUGGAUGUCAUACUUGAAAACCCCAUUCGCAUUUUUAAUAUCGAGUUAGAGAUCAUGGACAUUAAUGACAACGCGCCCGUGUUCCGCAGAAAGACAAUGCACUUGGACAUAUCGGAGGCAACCCCUCCCGGUGAGAGAUUUUCAUUGACAAAUGCUGUGGAUGCGGAUGUGGGGGCGAACUCUAUCAAGACGUACUAUCUCAGCGAAAGCAAAUACUUCAACAUUGAUAUACAAACUGGCAGCGAUGGCUCCAAAUAUGUCGAUUUAGUACUGAACGGUCAGUUGGACCGGGAGGAGCAUUCAAUCCAUAAUUUGAUUUUAACCGCUGUGGAUGGAGGGGUGCCUCCCCGCUCCGGCACAGCCAGCAUCGUUAUUAAUGUCUUGGAUAUCAAUGACAACGCCCCCCUGUUCAGUCAGCCGGUUUAUGCAGUCAACGUCUCAGAGAACUCGGCUGCAGGGACAGUGGUCAUGACCUUAAACGCAACAGACUUGGAUGAAGGCACGAAUGCUCAGUUGAUAUAUUCAUAUACGCUGUACACCUCAGAGAAGACUCAAGAGCUCUUCUCACUUGAUCCAAGCUCAGGUGAGAUCAAGGUGAAGGGGGUGAUCGACUAUGAGGAGAGUCAGAGAUUUGAGAUGCACAUACAGGCUCAGGACAGAGGGGCCAACCCGAAGUCUGGACACUGUAAAGUCACUGUGUACGUCACAGAUCUGAAUGAUAACUACCCCGAAGUGACCAUCAAGUCUGUGAAAAGUGCACUGACAGAGGAUGCCUCUGUGGGGACGCUGAUUGCUGUGGUCAGCGUCAGCGACAGGGACUCUGGUGUCAACGGGCAAGUAGAGCUCACUUUGAACCGCCAAGAAUCUUUGCCUUUCUGGCUAAACAAAUCCUCAGAGGGUUACUUUGAGCUGCUGGUUUCAAAGCCACUGGAUAGAGAGAUAAUAAGCAAAUAUGACAUCACACUGAGGGUGACAGACAAAGGGUCACCGCCCCUAUCUGAAAAUGAAACCAUCACUUUAGAGAUUCUGGAUGUCAAUGACAAUGCACCCACGUUCCCCCAGUCCUUCUACACAAUCCAUGUGGUGGAGAAUAAUCUCCCAGGGGCGUUAUUGACAUCUCUUAGUGCGUUUGACCCAGAUCUCAAUGAGAACCAGUACUUGGUUUAUUUCAUAAUGGAGAAGGAGAUUGUUAACACGUCUAUGUCAAUGCUGUUCUCCAUCAACCCUGAGAAUGGUGAUCUCUAUGCCCUGAAGACCUUUGACUAUGAGAGAGAGAGGGAUUUCCUUUUCCAUAUCGAGGCGAGAGACUCUGGUGUUCCCCCACUGAGCAGCAACGUGACAGUUCACAUCAUCAUCCUGGACCAAAAUGACAACACUCCUCUCAUUGUGUCACCUUGGCGGGCGCAGGGCUCCGUGGUAGAGGAGGUGAUACCAAGGUCUACGGAUAAGGGGCACUUGAUUGCCAAGGUGAUCGCCAUCGAUGCAGAUUCAGAGCAGAACGCCAGGGUCACGUAUCAGCUCCUGCAGAUCAGCGACUCAACCCUCUUCAGCCUGGAUCAGUACAAUGGUGAAAUCCGGACGACAAGGAUGUUCAGUUACAGAGACCCAAGACAACAGCGGCUGGUGAUUGUUGCCAAAGACAAUGGCCAGCCUGCUCUAUCUGCCACUGUCACCAUCAAGAUAUCAACAGUGGAACACGUCAUGUCCUUUUCAGAGACCACAGAGCUGCCGCUAGAGUAUGAUGUCUUCACAGACCUGAACCUGUACUUAGUCAUCGGUUUAGGGGCUGUGUCAUUCCUGCUCCUGAUAACCAUCUUGGUUAUUAUUGUGCUGAAGUGUCAAAAACCAAAGCCAAAGGCCAUCAAGAUCCCCCCGGCCAACAGAAACAGUGUGAUCAGCAGGAACAGCGUGAUCAGUCAGAGAAGCUCCACCAUCGCAGAUUCCACCCUGAUCUCCAGCGAUGCCUACUGGUACAGUUUGUUCCUCGCAGAGACCAGGAAGGGCAAAGUGGUCGUGAGACAGCCGAUAAUCCCCAAAGGAGCAGGGUAUUUUGUGUCCAGUAUACCCAGGAGCAUAGGGCCGAGUGAGACCACAGACUCCAGAGCAUCCACACUGGAGUACUCAAAAUGAAAGGAAGUCCAUUCUACAACUGGAGCAGGAACCCAGAAGAGAACUGCCAUGAUAUAAUCAUCUCUUCAUGGUAUUCUCUGGCUGGAAUUCUUCCCCAUGACUCACAAAGAAGAUGCAAAACAACUGUCCUCCCUCAGUCCCGCUGCUCCAACUCAUUCUUUCUCUCUAGCUCCUCCAGUCCCCCGUACAAUCAUCGACCACUAAUCACCUCAGCUUUCUACCUGCUUUUCUCUUCUAAGCAUGGAUCUGCAUGAUUCUACAACAUGUUUGAAAUAUCUGGACAUAGAAUUAAAAUCAUUUAUGUCAUUUAUAGCAGCAUAUUUGGACAUUUCUAGAGUUGCCUCAUGUAGUAAAUCAUUCCCUCCUUAAUGCUUUGAAACUCCUCAGUGGACAAAUUUGCCUUCUCUCCAGGGUUUACGCUGUGUGCUGUAGUUUUAGAAACCAACAGUUAGUCACCUAUAUGUAAGCUGCCAUCGACCUUUUUUAAGCAACAGUUCAAAACACGCCUAUUCACAAAUACACAUAUGAAUCAGGGUGAAUAUGAUACUUCCAUAAGUAAUACUAAAGUGUAGCUGAUUAUGUCAUUGAUUCAGGCUUUGCACUUGGUGUUUAUGUUUUUUGAAUAACCAUUUUUACUGUAUUAUGAGUCUUGCUGUUCAGCAAGGGUCACACUCUCAAUUAGUAACUUGCAGAUAAAAUAACUGAUCUAAUUUUAGUUUUGGUUUUUUUUUAACAGUGUUUGUUGUACUCAACAGUGAUGAAUGUGCGAAAAUGAUGAAAAAAGAAUGAAAGAAAACUGUAAAACUGAAAAAAAAACCCCAAAAAUAUAGGAGAUACAGUGUUUCUCUUUUUAUUUGAUUGUUGAUACAGUAGUUCUAUAGAAAUUAUAAUGAGGUCAGAGAAACAAAACGACUUUUGACACCCUCACUGACAUCAGGUGUGCAAUUCAAACCUUAUAGACAUCUGUGCUGUUUUAAAGUAUCUGACUAAACACACAGUUAUCUUGCUGUAUUAACACCCAAGUUGCCAGAAGUAAAGGUUGGCAUUGUACAUUUCUGCAAACCAUGAAUAUGUAACAUUUGCACAUUCAGUAUGAGCUGACUUUGUCGUCAUAAGGUGGAGAGGAUGGUGAACUACAUAGAUGAGACACCUGCCAAGCUGCAGACUAUUGUUCAAGACCAACAAAUAACAAACUAGUUGUGUAUUAGGGAGUCACUGCUGUGUUUCCAGUGGCUUUUUAGCAACCGUACAUGGGUGUUUUCUUGUUGCUAUUUUUCCAACAGGGAUACUGCCACAUUGCUGCUAAAACAGUGGCCCAAAAAGUUGUUUUUUAACUGAGACACUGCUUUGUUUCCUGCUGCGGUAGUGGCACAAAAAGUAAUUUUUUAUUUAUUUAUUUAAUUAUUUUUAACCAAGCAGGGAUUGUGCCACAAAAAGCAGGUACUUAAAGCCAAAACAGAAUCUUUUCCUAACCAUAACCAAGUGAUUUUGUGCCUGAACCUAACCAAAUGUUAGCUCCAGUGUUGUUCAAACAUUAAGUUGUAAUGUUUUUGCUAUAUAAUAACAUACAGAUGUCAUGUAUCUGUGGUUUACCAACCUUUAUUCUGGUGACUGGGUUGUGUAUUACACUGCAGUAUUAAAUUUUCUAAACUAUGGUCAUGUUCAAACUCUAGCAUACAGUGUUUGAGCCUGUCUCCUCUUGUUGAGGUCAGUGAGCGAGGGUGCAUGGGGGAGGUGUGUUCUCACAUCAAAUUUUCAUUCAGACGCACUAUGACAUAACAGAUUUGGGCGGGGCCAGAGUGGGCCGCAUGUCAAACAUGAACCAUAUUUUUCAAAACAGAGUCAAAUGUCAAUUCAACUUUCUUUGUAAUAAGAUUUUAUUGAUGACGAGCGAUUAUUGUUCCUAAUUCUCACUGAUAAAGCUGGAAUUGAAAUAUGAACUGCAUUUAUUAAUUGCACACAGUGCAAACCAUAUAAGUCAAUAAAAAAAAUUACAAUCAUAGUGGAAAUUUUAAAAAAAAAUAUUUUGUAAUGAGAAAUACUCUGUUUAUUGAAAAGAUUGAGAAUAUUAAAAUGUAUUAAUCUUUGCUAUGGUAAAAGGGAAUAUAAGAUCCAAACAAGGUAUUGUUUUAUGAAUAUUCAUGUUUUUAUAGAUAUUUUAUGUAUUAACUUUUAAUGCUGCUUUUGUGAGCUUCUUCAAGGGCAUUUUGUGUUGCAUAUUUGUAGUUUAGUGCAUAUGAUGUUGUUUUGAUAGUGUACAUAAGUUACUGAAACUAGAGUACUUUUCUUGACCUCAGAGGUAGUGCUGUAGCACUACUGUGAAGCCCAGGACUUUCAUUUCUCAGAAACAAGGAGCUCAUUAGGACAGCUUAUUAGGGUGCUAAACGAUCAAAUAUAAUUGGGUGAGGUAAAGAGAUGGGAGAAGGAGGACACGGUGUUAAUUAUAGUUGCAGUAUUCCAGUGCUGACUUUGCAAGUAAAAAAAAACAGCCGAACACAUCCAUAGUGCAUAAGAAAUAUUAAGCAGCUGACAGUAUUUUGAAAUGUGCACUAGAUCUAAAUGUGAUCUCAGCACUCACUCAGAAAUACAGCGGAGACAGAAUAUUUCUAGAUGUAUCGAGCUACAUAUUCUGAGUCAGUGAAAUCUAACCUCUCUUAUCCUCUCCCGCUGUUGCCUGGUUUCAGUUGCACACCAGGCUUCCUAGACAUCAACACAGCCGGCUGCCUGUCUGUCAGCCCGAAGAUGUCACUUAAUGAGGGAUCUCUUGCUGUGGAGUACAUGUAUGUGCACAAUAAAUGUCUGAACCGGUCGAUUCCAACAGUGUUUAAAGAAUUAAUGAAUUGCACAUGUGAUGAGCUCCUUGCGUGCCUUCUGCAUUGUAAAAGAUAUAUGUGACUGUUGAUGAAUGAAAAAACAGCAUGUCAUACAGUAUUACAAAUUACAGUUAUAGUACCCCAACGAUAAAAUACCCUAAAUAAUAAGGCAUUGUUGGAUAUGGGCUCAGCCUUUUGGUUUCAGAGCAGACGUUCUACUAAGAGCCGGUAAAUGCAUUUACUGUAAAUUAAACUGCUUUAUACUUUGUGUUUUUUAUACAGUAGACUUUUUUGAUAUCUUCUGUAUUCACUGUGAUCAAAAGGCACAGGAGGUGCUUGUGCUUGGUAUAGUAAAAGUGUGUUCUUUCUCAUUUGUGUACGCAGCUCAGUUUUUUCCUCUUUGCUAAUUUGCCAGUCAGACUGUACAGUAUGCUUCGAGAGUUGCAUCAAACCUAAUCCGGUCCCAUCCCACUUAGUGGAUCAAAGACAGUAUGGGAGAGAAUGGUCUAUCUUUAUUUUCAAGUCUGGUUAAUUGUCGAAAUUUUUGAUGUUGCUUAUUUGGCUUAAAUGUUCUGCCUGAUCAUGCUAGUUUGAAUAAAGCUUUUUAAUCUGUCUUUCUGUUGCGUCUGUGAUGAAAAAUGCACCAAAGUUAUCGGAAGUGACUUUUGGUGUGUGACACACUUGCUCUCUCUCUCUCUCUCUCUCUCUCUCUCUCUCUCUCAAAGUCCCUAGCAUACACACAUUUUGACCCAGUUUCUCUGUAUAACGCUCUGUGCUAAUUCUUGGAAAUUGAAAACUAAAUAAAGGAGAUGUGCCUGCAGUUCAAAUCGCAGAAGCAGACAAAUAAUAGCUUUGUCAGGAUUAGUAAAAGCCCAGAGCCAAAUUGCACAUUCUGCUCUUUGCUGUGACCACACAGGGCAUCCGUCUGCAGUCCUGCUGGACACUGAUGUGUGAGGGUGCCAUGAAUUUGUCCUGAUAUGAUGCAAUUUCUAUUAUAAUCAACGGCAUCAAGUUUGUCUACCACAAUAAUAUCUUAGUUUGAAAAGGAUUGAGGUAUUAUUACCAGUUAUUGCUGGAAAUGCAAGUCAGGGUGUCUGGAGGUCCUGAAAAGCUCUUAAAAUGUCGAUUUUAUAAGUAUUAGACCUUAAAAGUUGCUAAAUAGUCUUAAAUUUAAAUUUCUGAGGCUUAAAUUGCCACAAACAUCUUCUGUAAUUUAUCUAUCUUUUAGUUUCUAUUUGUCAAAAAUGAUAAGCUUAAUUCUGCCUGAAAGUCCACACUUCUGAUCUCACAAAACAUCUAUCACUGAGCUUCACACUGCGUUUGCAGGGUUAUACUUGCAUAUUCAUUGGCCAAAUGUAGAUAACCAAAUCACACUAAUAAUUAUGUUCCUACAUAAAACCUGC